UUCUCCCUUCAUAAAACAAAGCCCACCAAACUUUCAGCCCAAAAAAAAGAAAAUAAAAAAUUUACAACGUUUCCUUUCACGCAACUUUUAUUUUCUCUCUCAAACUCUCCAAAUUUAUCAACAAAAUUUCGGUGUGAUCAAUUUAUCUGUUGAAUUUUUUAUCAUCUGUUAAUAUCUUUCUUUAUUUAGGUGUAUAAAAAUCAUAAUCUAUAUUAUUUGAUUGUAAUAAGUAUAUAAUUAGAAAGUGAUUUUUAAAAAAAGUUGGUUAAAAAAAUUAGUAGUUGAAUGUAUGGCGUCGAUGUCAGAUACCAAGGAAUCAUCGUCGGAAAAUAUGGCGGUUUCCGGCGUUGCGAUGAGUUUUCCGAUCAAUGAUUGUUCUUCUUCUCCGACUUCUCCGGCGAAACUUCCUCGGAGACUUCGUCGCCGACUUUCUGAGUGUCGGAAUACUCCGACUGCUGAAGAAAUCGACGCUAAACUUAAAGAAGCCGAUCUUCGUCGUCAGCAAUUCCAUGAGUUUUUGUCAAGCAAAGCAAGGCCGAAGCAGAGGAGCCCAUCAUGGUCAUCUUCACAAGAAUUGGAUCUUGGUCAGAGACUUGAAGCUAAGCUUAAUGCAGCCGAGCGGAAAAGGUUGAGCAUUCUUUCAAAGGCUCAGAUGCGCUUGGCUAGGUUGGAUGAGUUACGACAAGCAGCUAAAAGUGAGGUGAAAAUGCGUGUUGAGAAAGAACGUGAUGAAUUGGGUAUGAAAGUGGAAUCACGGGUUCAGCAAGCAGAGGCAAACAGAAUGCUUAUCCAGAAAUCUCGUAGGCAGCGGAGAGCUGCAAGAAAAGAGCGGACUGCUCAAUCAUUAAUGCGGAGGACGAUGCAGGAAAGUAAAUACAAGGAGUGUGUGCGUGCUGCUAUCCACCAUAAGCGUGCUGCUGCAGAGAGGAAGAGACUAGGAUUGCUGGAAGCUGAGAGGUCUAAGGCACAUGCAAGGUUGGUACGAGUACAGAGAGCAGCUAAUUCUGUUUACAGUCAGCGGGAAAUGGAGAGGAAAAAAAAGAGAGAACAACUGGAAGAUCGGCUGCAAAGGGCCAGAAGACAACGAGCUGAAAUUUUGGGGCUGAAAAAGAGUAUAACUGGUUCUCCUCGCAUAAAUUGUAAUGUCACAGAUGACCAGGCUUUAAAUCUUGCAAGAAAAUUAUCAAGGUGCUGGAGACGGUUUGUGAAAUUGAGAGGAACUACUUUUUCUUUAGCAAAAGCUUUUGAGGAUUUGAAUAUCAAUGUCAAAUUAGUCAAGACGAUGCCCUUCGAACAGCUUGCAGUUCUUAUUGAGUCAGAUACGACUUUAAAGGUUGUGAAAUCUUUGGUUGAUCGACUUGAAGUCUGUCUCAGGGUCCGACAGGGAAGUAGUGGUUCCUUUGGGUUGGAAAAUAUUGAUCACCUGCUGAAGCGUGUUAGCAGUCCAGUGCGCAGGCGUAAUGGAAGCCAUGCAUCCAGGACCAGGGGACAAAAGAGAGCUGUAUCUAGGGGAGAAGGAACUCAUGGCCCCAGUAAAUUGUCAAGAUAUGCUGUGAGGAUAGUUCUUUGUGCCUAUAUGAUACUGGGUCAUCCAGAUGCCGUUCUAAGUGGUAAAGGUGGGCAUGAAACAGCCCUUACUGAGGCUGCUGUGAAGUUUAUUCAGGAGUUUGAGUUAUUGAUCAGGAUAAUAUUAGAAGGUUCCUGUGUCAAAUCUACAUCAGGGGAAAAUCUUGCAAGUUUUAGGGCGCAGCUGGAGACAUUUGAUAAAGCAUGGUGCUCGUAUCUGUAUUGCUUUGUGGUAUGGAAGGUCAAGGAUGCCAGACUACUAGAGGAGGAUUUGGUGAGGGCUGCUUGCCAGAUGGAGCUAUCUAUGAUGCAUACCUGUAAGCUGACACCUGGGGGAGACAGUAGUGGUCUUACUCAUGACAUGAAGGCUAUUCAGAAGCAGGUGAUGGAAGAUCAGAUACUUCUUAAGGCAAAAGUGCAGGAUUUGGGUGGUGAUGCUGGCAUUGAACGCAUGGAGAAUGCUAUUUCUGAUGUGCGAUCCAAAUUCUUUGCAUCAAGGGAGUCUGGAAGUCCAUUUGCAUCCCCUGUAGCUCAUAUAUCAUCUCCUGGUUAUUCUAGUUCAUCAGACAGCUCACCAUCUUCAGUCUCUGGUGAAGCAAGCAGCAUGGCUGGUGGAAGUGCAAGACCAAGCGCUGCGGUACGGUCGUUGUUCAAGGAUGAUAAUACAACUGCAGGCCAAGCAGUGAUUUCAUCUGUACCAGAAGAACGCGGUGCAGAUGUCCAAUUAAGUGGUGACAAAGAGCCAGUCUCUGAGAAUGAACUCUUGGUAAAUGAGAUAGUCCAUGAACAUCGUCAUGGUUUUGCCGACAAGCUUUACAUGGAUGAUCAAGAUGACAGUGGUAUCAAGGCUCAAAUUAAAGAGGCGAUGGAGAAAGCAUUUUGGGAUGGCAUCAUGGAAUCUAUGCAGCAGGAGCUGCCUGACUUCAGCUGGGUUCUUAAACUCAUGACAGAAGUUAGGGAUGAACUGUGCGAAAUGUCUCCCAAUGCCUGGCGACAAGAGAUUUCUGAUACGAUCGAUAUAGAUAUCCUUUCACAGGUUUUAAGUUCUGGAACAUUGGACAUAACUUACCUGGGAAAAUUACUGGAGUAUGCACUGACAACUCUGCAAAAGUUAUCAGCCCCAGUAAAUGAUGAUGAGAGGAAGGCUGCUCACCUGAACAUGUUGAAAGAACUGAAUGAGGCCUCGCCGCAUUCUGGAGAUAAUACAAAAUCUUCUUUUGCCAUAUCAAUUGUCAAGGGUCUUCAUUUUGUCCUAAAUGAGAUUCAGAAACUGAAGAAAGAGAUAAGCAGAGCACGUAUCAGAAUUAUUGAGCCAAUGAUACAAGGGCCUGCUGGAUUGGACUAUUUACAAAAAGCUUUUUCAAAGCGAUAUGGAUCACCUUCUGAUGCUUCUAGUUCAUUACCAUUGACAUUGAGUUGGAUGACUUCAUCAAGCACUAAUUUGGAGCAGGAGUGGGAUGAAUACUUGGAUUCACUGUCAACGUUGCCAGAUAUCCAGGUGACAUCUCCUCAGGGGAUACCACCAACUACUCUUCGCACGGGGGGAAGUGUUUCAGUGUUGUCGAGGAUACGCUCAUUGGGACCCCCCACCACUGGUAAAGAGCAACCGGAGUGCAGAGGAGAUAGGACAGAUUUGUUUCUCAGGGUUGGUUUAUUGAAGUUAGUGAGUGAGAUUGAAGGUCUGGUACAAGAAUCUCUGCCUGAAACUUUGAAACUUAAUGUAUCUAGACUAAGAAAAGUUCAGUCUCAACUGCAGAAGAUCAUUGUUAUUUCCACAAGUAUGCUGGUUCUUCGACAAGCUCUUCUUAGUGAACACUUGGUAACUAACCCAUCAGACAUGGAGAACAUAAUCUCUCAAGCUGCCAAACAGCUUUCGGAGUUGCUCGACAAGGUUGAAGAUGUUGGUAUUGCUGAUAUUGUCAAAGCAAUUAUUGAGCUCCCAGAUGAUGUUAACCAUGUUAUCAACUUGGAAAAGCUGCGAGAAAAGAGGGGUGUGGUGGAGAACAUGCUCUCUAAGAGCUUGAAAUCUGGGGAUGCGAUCUUUUCGCAUGUUUCUCGAGCUGUUUACUUGGCUGUAAGAGCUGCCAUGUUUGGUGGCACCGGAAGCAAGGGUAGGCAAUUGGUGGAGAUGGCACUUCGGCGUGUGGGAUCUACUUUGCUCACUGAUAAGGUAGUAGAAAUUGCUGAAGUUCUUAUUGGUAUGGCAGUUGUGUCUGCCAGUGUACAUGGGCCAUGGUAUGAGCAGCUGCUGAAGAAUGUUUAACUUGUUAAGAAUAAAUCAUAGUGGGGGAGUGCUUUUUAAACAUAUCCCAAAAUUAUUGUAUAUAUUGUAAAUGUUAUUAUGUGUAGCAAGGAAUUAGGGUGUGGCGAUUUAGUUAUUCGAUUAAUGCUUAGUAAAUUAUGAUGUAAAUAACAUUUGGCAUUCUUAAUAAAUAUUGUUCCUGCUGUAACUUUUAUGCUCCUA